AUGGAUAUCCACCUCGAGAACCUCGAGAGGCGGGGCCAGGCAUCUCCUGUGGUGCAUUCUUGGCAGCCAAGGAGCAAAGCACGCGGCCCUGGCCAGCCAGCUGUGGUGUGGCUGGGAAGCCGUGCUAAAGUCCUCUGUCGCACAGUCUACCUCAGCGUCGACCCAUUCCUGCGUUGCCGCUUCAACGCCAGCACGGGAGUGGACUAUACGCAGCCGUAUGCGCUCGGCGAGCCCAUCGCGUCCGCCGGCAUCGGCGAGGUCCUUCAAGUCGGCGACGCCGUGAGAGGCCUGGCGCCCGGCGACCUCGUCGUCGAGCCGUUCGACUCGUUCCCGUGGCAGAGCGUCGCCGUACUGGAGGCUGCCAAGGUGCAGCGCGUGCCGCCGCUCCUCGCGCUUCUGCUCCCGCCGAGUGCGCUGCUGGGCGCAUGCGGCCAGACCGGUCUGACGGCUUGGUGCGGGCUUGAGACGGUCGGCGGCGGGCGGCCGAACGGGUCGGACGUGGUCGCCGUGAGUGGCGCGGCCGGCGCUGUCGGCUCGCUCGUCGGCCAGCUCUGCAAGCGGCGCGGCGCGGCGGUGGUCGGCGUGUGCGGCUCCGAGGCCAAGGUGGACUUCUUGCAGGAGCUCGGCUUUGACCGCGCGCUCAACCGGCACUCGGCCGACCUGCGGGCGGAUCUGCGGGCCGCGCUGCUCUCCGUGCCGCAGGCGGACCGCGCCCUCGGCACGUCCCGCUCACCGCAGCCGGCGGACAUCACGCUAUACUGGGACAACGUCGGGGGCGCCGUGAGCGACCUCGUGAUCCAGUGCAUGGCGCCGAGGUCGGAGCUGCUCCUCUGCGGCCAAAUCUCGACCUACGACGCGGAGGGCGACUACCCGCCCCCGCUGCCCGCGGAGAGCGCGGCGGUGGUGGAGCGGCGCCGCAUCCGCAGGGAGCGAUACACCGUCGUCAAAUACAAGCACCGCUUCGCGCCCGCUCUCGCCGAGUUGUGCGCUCUCGAGCUGCGCGCCGAGGAGACGGUGUACGACGGGCUCGACGCGGCGCCGGCCGCCUUCAUCGACAUGAUGGGCGGCGGCAACACGGGCAAGGCUGUCGUGCGGUGCUCGGAGCUGCCGCCGCCCGUCGCGCGUGCGGCUGCGCUGCGCGCUUGGCUCCCGCCGGCGCUGAGGGGACGGCUCGCGCGGUCGUUUGUGACGCCCGAGGCGUUGGGCGUCGGUCCAGAGGGCCGGGGGGCUAAAGGGUGUGGAUGCUGGGUUGGCACCGACGACGACGAGCCGCAGGCCUUUGCGCUGCGCUCCGUCGCUCUGAUGAGGGACAGUGUCUGGUGGAUGACGCGGUGUGAGGAGUUUAAAUCGUGGUAG